AUGCUUACUCUGAUGUUAUUUUGCUUAUGGAAAACAAGUUUUAGUUAAACAAAAGAUUAACGAUACUAUAAUGUAAAGGGAUUAUAGAAUUUUGGCAUUAAUGAAAUGUUUCAUAAAUAUCUAUCUGAAAAAUAAAAAGUUACGAUUACACUUACAUAUGAAGAUGGGGAAAUUCCAUUUCUACUAGUUUGUGAUAAUAAGCCUGAUGUUAAUAAGAUGACUGAUUACGAUUUGAUAUAAAAGUUCUAAUAUUAUUAUGUUUAGAGAAAAUUGUAAAAUUGACAUAAAUGCUUAUGAUUUGAAACAAUAAAUACAAACAAUUUCUUUAACAAAGAAUUAAAAAUCAUAGACAUUUUAAAGAAAUUUUAAUGUUUAUUAUAUUGAUAAUACAAACUUGUUUAUUGGUGCUUAUUCAAAACUUUAAUCAACCUUUAAUAUAUCUGCUAAAAUUUAAUCAUUAUAUAAUUGCGCAAAGUAUUUAUAAACUUCUAACUUAGAGAAUGCAAAAAUGGAGGAAGUUGUUUUUAUGGAGUUUGUGAAUGUUAUGAAGGUACUUUUGGUAAUGACUGUAGUAUAAUUGGUUUUAAUAUCAAAGACCAAUUAAAAUUAUCUUCAAAUAAAUUAUAUUAUUUACCCUUAUAUUUAACAGGAACAACUUUUUAGAGAAUCUUAUCAAAUUAAAUACCAAUUAGACAAUAAUGUUAUGUAGAAACACCUUUUAUUGACUAAGGUUCUCUAUUGAUAACAAAUACACUUUAAUUAACUUAUGAUAAAAUAUACUAUUGCAGAAAUCUCACUGAGGCUUUAUAAAAUGAAAGUUAAAUUAAAUUAAAUGCUUACUUCAUUUUCAAGAUUUAUAGUGAAUAUGAUGUUAGCAUUGUUUUAAAUAAUAAUAGUUCUGAUGGAAUAUAAAAAAUUAUGAUGAUGAUUUUUAUUCCACUCUUUGUGUUAAUCUUUUUCUUACUUGUAUGUUGUGGUGUAAAAUUCUAUAAAAAGAAAUUAGAAUAAACUUAAAUUCCAAUUAAAAUAGAAUAGAAUGUUGAAAAAAAAUUUAUAAAUUUUAUAAAUUUUUAUAUUCCAACACAUAAAUUUGAAUAAAUCAAAGAAAUAAUUUAAGAAGAGAUAAAUGAAAAAGAUUUGUAUUGUUCAAUUUGUUUAGAGAUAUUCAUAUUAUAACAUGAUGUGAAAGUGACUUAUUGCAAACACAUUUACCAUUCUGAAUGCUUGACUUUAUGGAUAUAAAAGAUCAAAGUACUUUUUGAUCAACAUUUAGAUAUGUCCUCUAUGUAGAGCACCUUUAGAUGAAAAAACUCUGGCUUCAUUGAUUCCUUAAAGAUCAUUGACCUUAAUAGAUUAAAUUUCUAGUAAAUCAUAAUCUGACUACAAUAAAUUAAAGAUCUUCUCUAUGAAUUCAUUAUCUAGUUUAAACGGACCAAAUACAUAACAAGCAUUUUAGAAUUUAAAUUAUCAAAGAAGUUUAGUUAUGGUAGAUUAAUGA